AUGUCUGGAUACUCUUCUGUCGGACAGGCCUCAGUCUACGAGGCCGGGGAUCAGCGCAACUACAAGCAGUCAGAAAUCAACAAGUCAGAUCCAUACAAUGAGGGGAAGGAGAACUCCCACAACACCUUGGAUUCCAGUUAUGAUAUUGACCACGUCACAGAGGAUGAGCGAUCUAUUGCCAACAGACUAGCGGCUGCAGAGCGCCAGGGAGAGCCAGAGGAAGAUGUGGAAACGAAGUUGUCCAAAAAGGACCCCACAUUGCCUGCAACCAUGCACGGCAAUGAGCCAUCCAAAGGCGCCAAGAUUGACGCCGAGUUGCAAGCCGAGGAGCAGGAGCAGCUCAAGAAGAAGGGCAAGGCGUAA